AUGCCUGGCCUAAGCUGUAGGUUCUACCAGCACAAAUUUCCAGAGGUGGAAGAUGUAGUGAUGGUCAACGUUCGGUCCAUUGCGGAAAUGGGAGCUUAUGUCAGCCUGCUGGAAUACAACAACAUCGAAGGCAUGAUCCUCCUUAGCGAGCUCUCCAGGAGACGUAUCCGGUCCAUAAACAAACUCAUCCGCAUCGGAAGGAACGAAUGCGUCGUGGUCAUAAGGGUUGACAAAGAGAAAGGUUAUAUUGACUUAUCAAAAAGAAGAGUUUCUCCAGAGGAAGCAAUCAAAUGUGAAGACAAAUUCACAAAAUCGAAGACUGUUUACAGCAUUCUUCGCCAUGUUGCUGAGGUCUUAGAAUACACUAAGGACGAGCAGCUGGAGAGUCUGUUCCAGAGAACUGCCUGGGUAUUCGAUGACAAGUACAAAAGACCAGGAUAUGGUGCUUAUGAUGCAUUCAAGCAUGCAGUCUCAGACCCUGCAAUCCUGGAUAGUCUAGAUUUGACAGAGGAAGAGAGACGUGUGUUGAUUGACAAUAUUAACAGACGUCUGACACCACAAGCCGUGAAAAUUCGAGCUGACAUUGAGGUUGCCUGUUACGGCUAUGAAGGCAUAGAUGCAGUGAAAGAAGCCUUGAGAGCAGGCUUGAACUGUUCCACGGAGAACAUGCCCAUUAAAAUUAAUCUAAUAGCUCCUCCUCGUUAUGUGAUGACUACUACGACGCUGGAGAGAACCGAAGGGCUGUCUGUUCUGAAUCAAGCCAUGGCUGUCAUUAAAGAAAAAAUUGAGGAGAAGAGAGGCGUCUUCAAUGUGCAGAUGGAACCAAAGGUGGUUACUGACACAGAUGAGACUGAGCUUGCAAGGCAACUGGAAAGACUGGAAAGGGAAAAUGCUGAAGUAGAUGGGGAUGACGAUGCUGAGGAAAUGGAAGCCAAAACUGAAGACUAAAUGUUCCGGAAUAUUUAGAAGAGAGAGAGAGCAUAUGAAAAAAUUAGACAUCCCAUUUCAAACGCCCUGGACCAAAUGUUUCCAGUAUUGAAAACUUGGAAAGCUUUCAGUACUUUUCAAUACUUUUCCAAUAUUGAAAAGCAAAUACAUCAAGUAUUUUACUGUUAUAAAACAAGAACAAUAUAUGAAAUUCUCUCCUAAACAACAUUUGCUCUCAUGUAGGAACUUAUGCAAAUUGAGUCAAGGGAAGGUGCCUAGCUGCAUUCAAGGCCAGAGAGGGGCCACAGACUCAACACUUCCAUUUGUAAUAAUUCCAAAUUUAAUUCAACAGCUCAGUGCAUCUGUGAGGUUUUUCUGAGAUCACAAAAAAAGGGCA